AUGACUGUGGCGGAGACUGAGGAGAACGGCCCAAGCAACAGCAGCAGGAACGCGCCAGGGGCGGGGCCAGGGGCGGGGACGCCGCCGCCGCCGCCGCCGGCGCAGGCGCAGGCGCAGGAUCAGAGACCGAAUGUCAGAUUCGAUCCGUUUGCCGGCGGCCAGCCGAAGGUGUAUCCCACGCUGCGGCUGCGACUGCGCGAGACGAUGCAGGGCGUGCCGACUGCGACUGCGACAGCGACUGCGACUGCGACAGCGACAGAGACUGACAACUGUCCGGUGCUGGUGCAGGGCCGACGGCAGGCGGGCGGCCGUUCGAGCAGCUCGUCGGGUCGCCUGGCCCGCCAGGCGGUCACCCAGCCGCGACGCGUCUCCACGCCGCCGCCGCCGCCGCCGACGCCGACGCCGACGCGUGUUGUCGAAAUGAUGUUGCCGCCGCCGUCGCCGACGCCGUCGUCGCUGCGAAUGCAGUCGCCGCAGCAAAGCUACAGCAGUCGAGGCAGCGGCAGCGGCAGCGGCGUUGGCAGCGGCAGCGGCAGCGGCGUUGGCAGCGGCAGCAGCUACUGGCUAGAAACGCAACACUUGAACGCAGCCAGCGGGCAGGUGGUGGGUCACUCGCAGUCGCUGCCGCUGCCGCUGCCGCUGCAGUCGCAGUCGCUGCUGCAGUCGGAGAGCAGUGGCGCGGCAGAGCGUCGCCUGACCUUUGACCAGUGGCUGCAGUCGAAAAAGAAACAGGAGUCGCUGCGACGCCGGCAGAGCCGACGCGAGGCGCACCGGCUGCACAGCCUGAAGCAGAUGCGCCAACAGAUGUCGGAGAAGUGCUAUGAGGAUUGGCUGCACGGCAAGCGGCGGGUGCACUGCAGCGACCGGCUGUCCGGCGCACUGGCGGAGGCGCAGCGCAAGCGGCGCGAACUUGCGCAGCAGUCUUUGGCCCAGUGGCAGAUGCGCAAGCAACAGGAGCUGGAGCAGCGGCGCGACGCGGAGAUGCGCGCCGAGCAGGAGCAGCGCGUCCAUGAGCAGCUGCGCCGCCAGCUGUCGCAGCUGGCCUGGGAGCGCUGGCUCGCCCAGCUGGCGGUCAAGGCGCAAACCAAUCCCGGCCUCCAGACCGAGCUACACUGGCAGCAGCAGCAGCAGCAGCAGCAGCAGCAACAUCUGCAGCAGCAGAGCAAGUCGACGGCGGCCGCGGCGCUCAGGCAACGCAUACGCAGCGUCAGGCAGCAGCAGCAGCAGCAGCAGCAGCAGCAGCAGCAGCAGCAGCAGCAGCAGCUGGAGCAGCGCAAGCUGCAGGAGCAGCUCGCCUCCUUGUAUCUGCAUGUCCCCCUCUCGGCGGCGCAGCGCGCUCUGCGCCGGCGUCUCGACGCUAUCGAUUCGGUGCAUUUGCAGCGGCGGCGCAAGUGAUGCUACCUGCAAAGCUUUUACUUUUUUUAAUCCAAAAGCUUUGACUAUCCACCCCGUCCCCCGCGCACAAAAUACGUCCGUUCUCCCGUUUGUCCACCUGUUGACCGCCAUGUUGAACAGUUAAGUCAGCCAGCCUUAAGCACCAUGAAUACUUCACAAAUCAGACAAAGACAAUAAAAGAAAUUCAUAGUUUCAUUACAAAAA